GCUCGUGCGCAAACCGGCGCACCGUCGUGCGCCGCAACUAGGGUUCAAACACUCGGUGUCGACACAGAUACGGUACACAGAUCCGUGAGAGGGCAGCUGUUGAUUUGGAAAGGCGGAGGGAGGGACAAGUAAUGAAUCAUGAUUGCCCGUUGAAGUCAAGGGAAAAUGCAUCCCGUGCAUCUAAUGCGCGCAGGCCAGCAAGCCGGGAGGGGCGAAGUAGUGGCACAAGCAUAAGCAGUUGCCAACCAUGUAUGACGAGCAGUGCAGAUCCUGAAGUGUGCAGUAAUUGGCCUGGCGUAGCCGAGGGCUUAGUGACUGGGGGAUCAUCAGAAACUGAGAAGUGCAGAAUGAUUAUCAAAGGGUCUGUUGAUUCUGUUGGAAGCUCCAACAGAACACAAGCAUUGCGCAGAAAGAUAAAGAAGGUAAAACAGAGGCUGGCUGCUAGAAAACAUGAGUUCCAAGAGGUGUGCCCAGCUGGUGCCGAGGGACCUGGGGUUACCUCCGCUGUGAAGCUAAAGUUGGUGAGGUGGUAUCAGGAGCUUCAUCGCGUGCACACAAAUGGGGGAAAGGCUGGCGCUGGAGGUGGGAGUGGGUUUUCGGGGCUGUCUGCCAUGGAACCAAUUCUGCAGGACGUGAUCAAGUUUCUUGAUGGGAAAGAAGCUGAGCUUCACACGCCAAGACCAAUUGGUUACCUGGAUCUCAUUACUUUAGUAAUCCCAAAUGCUGUCCAGAACGGCCAUCCAGGGCGUGUUGUGUUGCUGCUUCUUCGUCUUCUCUGCAUGCUGUUAACAAUCCCAGCCAAUUGUAGUUAUGCCAUAUGUCGCAAUCUUUUGCCUCCUCUGAUCCCCAUGCUAUCCACAAUCCUGGCCAGUUACAGCAGCAGGAGUAACGGAACAAACAGUCCGGGACUGGCUUCAGACUCUAUUGGUGGGAAUGACUGUGAGGAGGCAGCUCUUGAGAGACUGCUGUGGGUGGUUGCUGCAGUUGUCAAGCAUGCCUGCGUUGAUGAAAGGCAAUUGCUCAUGCAAGAUGACUUGGUUGAGCUUCUGGUCCUUUGCGAGGUGGUUCAGCGGCUGCGUGACUUAUUUGCACUCUUCGACCCUGCGGCAACAUCCGCAUGUAAGAAGGAAGAUGAGGAAGCAGAGGAACAGUGUCGCCUCACUGAACAACAGCGACAGGAGGACGUGGAGGCAGCAAGGAAGGCCGCAGACAAACGUCGUCAACUACGUCGAGACAAAAUCCUCGAAUGCGAGGGGGACAUUGAGGUGAUCGCCGACAAAUGGGAAGUGGUUGCUGAUGAGGAGGGUGCCCCCCCUGUUGUGCGUGGGCUUGCAACCACAAUUGAACAUGUGAGCGACUUGGUCGCCACAUGUGCAGCACAGCAAAAGGACAUCCUUUGCGUGGACACCCUGGUCCAGAAGCAGGCUCGACUUAUCGAUGAACUGCUUGACCGGGUACGCCGGCUAGAACAGCAGCCUACAACAGCCAACCCCGUCGGACCCUCCAACUUGACGGACCGCGUCAACGUCUUGGAAAUCGACGUCGAGACUCUCAAGGACGGCGCUCUAGCGACAAAUCAGCGGAUUGACCAGCAGAUUUGUGCCGCCACAGCCAGCCCGACCACGACUACUCGCGAGAGCAUCCCAAAGUUUGACGGCCUGCCGAUCUUCUGCGAUGCAGCAAGGACAGACCUGAUUCCAUGGUGGCGCCAGUUUGAGUUGAAGUUGGACAUUCACCACGUCAGCAACCCGAACCGACACGCAUACUUAUACUCCCGCUCGGGGGGCGCGUGCCAGGCAUGGCUGGACAACAUGUUGUCCACGUACACCGUUGCAGUCUUCGAGCUGCAUACGAAGAUCAGUUGGGCUGAUCUCAAGGCAGCAUGGCAUAAGCGUUUCCAAGUGGAGCCGCCCGAGCUUCAGGCAACCGAGAAACUUCAACGGUUCUAUCAGAACGACCUGCGAAGCAUGGACUGGAUAACCGAGUACCAACGCUUGGCGUCCACGCCCAACUUGCCGUCGACCUUCGUCGCCAUCAAACACUUCUUCAUCAGGAGGAGUUGUCCAGCGUUGCAGAACGCCUUGACGGAAGUUGCGGAGACGCUCACCACAAGUGAGAAGCGUUUUGAUAAAGCCUCGCAGAUCAUCGUGACGAACGCCGAAGCCAAGAAUUUGGGUCGUUCGUCUGCUGCGAGCCAGGGCAGAGAUCAACAUCGAUCGAAAGUGGCGACCCUUCAAACGAGGUUGCCUCUUCUGAUGAAGGAGACAGAUUGGCAGCCGCCUGGGAUGGUGGCCGACCCGCCAGAGGGCGAGGACGCGGCAAACCGAAGACACACACCAAUUCAUCCCCUGGGGCCGGACCAGCGGCUCAAGAGCCUUGGACACAUUACAGUAUCUCGGAAGGCGUGUACCGCAUCCAUACUAACUGGCUACUACCAACGUUUCAUCAAGGGAUACUCGAAGAUCGCGGCCCACUUGGCCAAGAUUCAAUGCGAGGAUCGGCCGUUUGACUUCGGGGAGGAUGCGCGGGAAUCAUUUUUGGCUCUCAAAGCCACGCUAUUAUCCGCGGAGGUCUUGCGCAUAUACAACCCGCUAUUGCCUAGGCGCGUCACUAUGGAUGCGUCCGGCUAUGGCAUUGGUGUCGUCCUCGAACAACACGAUGGCGUGGACGAGCACCCGGUCGAGUACUUCAGCAAGAAAGUGCCCGUCGUGCACUCCAUUGAUGAUGCACGCAAGAAGGAGAUCCUAGCCUUCGUCCACACGCUCAAGCGGUGGCGGCACUUCCUCCUUGGUCGAAGUCAAUUCCGAUGGGUAAAGGACAACAAUCUGUUGGUCUUCUACAAGACCGAAGACGCCGUCAAUAGCACCAUCGCCCGUUGGAUGGCUUUCAUCGACCAAUUCGACUUCUUUCCCGAUCACAUUCCGGGGAAGUCAAACGGUUUUGUGGAUGCUCUUUCACAGCGUCCGGAUCAUUGUACAGCAGUCUACUCGACCUUCGAGAUCGGCGACGACCUGCGGAACAGCUUCAUCCGCUGCUAUCAAGCCGACCCCGAGUUUCGCGACAACCAGCAGAGUCCACUCACAUCGGAGGAUUUAGAAAUCCGACAGGCGAAAGAACUUCAGGAUGCGCUGCAGCGGCAGUUGGACGAAGCAGCAGAGAGGAGAAGAAGAGCCAUACUCAGAAAGGCUAGACUAGGAAGUAGAGUGCAGGAGCUAGGCAGACUGGAAGGGCUAGAUGAGGCAGCAUUAGACCCUGCUGUCCGUGUGCUGCGUAGUGCUUUACUAUCAUUGGCAGAAGUGCAGAAUGUCCAGCAGGAAUUGCUGACCGAAUUGGUGGCAGGCCAGAAGCAAAUCCUGGCUGAACUUCGGGCUCCUUGUACAGUGGUUGAGGGAGCACCCAUUCCAUCACCUGUGCUGUUGGGACUCCAACUUCUUGAGGCGCUCUUUGGUCCAAGGGGUAAGCUUCUUGCUGCUGCCCAUGAGGCUCCAGUGCAUGCAAUCAAGCCAUUCUUGGGAACCAUUUGCAAGGCUUCCCAGAUCAGUGAAAGUGAAGGAAUACAGGCAGCAGCAGAAAGUGAGAAAUCUCCAUUGAGCCCAUCGAUGCUGAGAAUAGAGACAGGACCCAAGGACAGACAGUCAAGAGACGUGGAGUGCAUGUCAAAGACUUUCAAGCAAAGGCCUUGCAAAGGAGGAUAUGACGCUCAGGAAGUUGUGGAUGUGAGGGAAGGGAAAGAUAGGGAUUCAGAAAGAGACGUCGGCAGUAAUGAUGAGCUGAGCGGGAACCUUGAGGCAAACGUGGAGCCAACUCAGAAGGACAGUGUAGACACAGUUGAUUUGGGGAGGGGAAAUAAUGGGAGAGCCAAGUGUGCUGAUUCAGGGGCUGGGAAUCCCUUGCCAGGCGAGUCUAAAAAGCAAUCAAAUGGUGCUGAUGAAUUGGAGCCAGGAGCAAGAGGCAUUAGUGCAUUGCUACGUGUGACUGUUGAGACAGGGCUUGUGGGACUUCCAUCCUUGUUGACAGCAGUUCUCCUACAUGCUGCACCUGUGCGCUCCACGUCUGAGCAGGUAUGAGUUCGUACUCUGUUUUGACAACCUUCUAGUGACCUAGGCCUUGUUGGUUCUCUGACUUUCAGCUUGUACCGCAUGUUUCCAUGAUGCCGAACACUUUGAAGAACAGCAGAGAAUAACGUACUGUGCUACUGUUGCAUACUGUAACGUGCAGACCCGAACAAGAACCAACCUCUCAAUACAAAGUACGAAUGAUCUGAACAAUCAAUAUUGCAAUGCAGC